UGGUUUCCCGUUGUUAAGGCCUAGAUCGAGACGACACGAAAAAGAGAGAGGCCAUUGAGAUUGAUUGAUCAACAACACUGUGCGGAGAGAGAGCCAAAUUCUCAGAUCCAAUCGGUUUCUCUGCCAAUCGAAGCCCUAAAAAACAAAAACAUGACUGCUGCGGAAUUCAGCGGCGAUGAAACGGCACCGUUCUUCGGCUUCCUCGGUGCUGCAGCUGCCUUAGUUUUCUCCUGUAUGGGGGCAGCGUAUGGCACGGCGAAGAGCGGGGUGGGAGUGGCGUCGAUGGGUGUGAUGAGGCCGGAGCUGGUGAUGAAGUCGAUUGUUCCGGUGGUUAUGGCUGGUGUUUUGGGUAUUUAUGGAUUGAUUAUAGCUGUCAUCAUCAGUACUGGGAUUAAUCCCAAGGCCAAAUCUUACUAUCUUUUUGAUGGUUAUGCCCACCUUUCGUCUGGUCUUUCUUGUGGCCUUGCUGGCCUUUCUGCUGGUAUGGCUAUUGGAAUCGUCGGAGACGCCGGUGUUAGAGCCAAUGCACAGCAGCCAAAGCUUUUUGUUGGGAUGAUUCUCAUUCUCAUCUUUGCUGAAGCUCUAGCUCUCUAUGGCCUUAUUGUCGGUAUUAUUCUCUCUUCUCGAGCUGGCCAGUCAAGAGCAGACUAGAGGAAGACAUUCUGCUUCGUGGUUGAGUGGUUUAUUGCUAUGGAUUAAGCAUUAUUAUUAUUAUUAUUAUUAUCUUCUUUAUUGUUUAGAAACACUAGUUAGUGGUUUGUGCCCCAAAUUUCUUCUAUUUGAAUGAUGAUUGCUUUGCAAGAUGGAUUGGGCUAUGUGCUCUUGAUAGAAUGUAUAUUAGGUAAUAGUUCUUCACCUAAAUAAAGUUGUCUUCUUUUCUUUGA